CAUUUCACAGGAUUCAUGUCCAAAGUAGCUGAAGGAACCUGCUCACCCGCUUCUAACUGAAUGAAAGAUUGCAGAGUUGCAGAUUAAGAUAGGGUUCACACUGAACUUUGAGCCACCAUUGAGUUCACAGGCAUGGCCCAAGGCCACUUUUAAAAAUCCAGAUCUGAGUGCAGUUUUAACAUCUCUAUCCAUGUACACUCGUUACACAAACAGACGCCAAGCGCUGCAACAUUUCAGUUUUUUGGGGGGGAAGUUUCCACGCAAUACAGUUUUGCUCAAGCAAGUGACUUCCUGAAGACAUUACUGAGAACCUAUCGAGAGAGCGAUGAGGAGCUGUAACUUACAUCACUUGUAUAUCAGGACAAGUGGUUUGAGGUUCUGCUAAACUUGGAGGAAGUUGCAUUCAUCGACAAUCGAGCAAAGUAAACGACGCAUGGUGUUUAACUACUGGGGACCACCAGCAGAAUUAAACCAUGAGCAAGUUUUCCUGGCUGAAAUACUUGGCUCUUGCCGCUGCACUAUUGGGUGCAACCCAAGGACAAGAAGUAUCCAGUUCAACUGAGACUACCACGGCAAGUUACUCAUCACUCACAUACUCCAGCAUGGCUCCAUCAACAGCGACUACUGCACACAUCACAAUUUCAACUCUCCAAUCAUCAGGCACACUCACCAGCACAGCUCCAUCAACAGUGACUACUGCACGCACUACUGCAGGCUCAACAGAUCAAUCAUUAGGCACAUUCACCAGCACGGCUCCAUCAACAGUGACUACUACACGCACUACUGCAGGCUCAAAUCACUCAUCACCCACACACUCUAGCACAGCUCCAUCAGCAGUGACUACUAUGCACACUGAAGGUUCAACAGGUCACUCAGCACUCACAACCUCCAGCACUGCUCCAUCAACAGUGACUACUGUAUAUGCAACAGGUUCAACAGAUCACUUAUCACUCACAACCUCCAGCACUGCUCCAUCAACAGUGAAUACUACCCACGCAGCUGGUUCACAUGUUACUGAAACAACAUUCAGAAUCUCCAGCACGGCACCUCUAUCCACAAGCAUUGCACCAGCUUCACCAGGCAAUGCAUCAUUCACCAAUUCCAGCACCGCGCCAGCAGCAGUGACUCCUGCAGCCUCAGGAAAUCAAUCAACAGCAAAAGACACAGCUGACACAACCACAAGCUCACCUGCAGCAACAAGCACCGCAAUCUCAACUACCCCAAGUGGAGGCGAGGAUUGUGACAAUGCUAAUGUUACAAUCAUAGCCUUGAAUGUCACAAGUAACAGUGUCAGCCUGAAAAUUACUUACAACCUCAAUAAAGCUCAUAAUAUCACAAUUCUAAAUAAAACAUUUGAAUUGUCUGAAAAUAAGAGCGAAAUCAUAGAAGUGAUCAUGGAACUAACAUUCUGUAGGAGUUAUGAACUCAAUGCAACUCUCCAUGGGAAGUGUCAACCUGUUAUUAAACCAAUAAACAUCAUAACACAUCCACCUUCUGAUCGUGGAUUCGAACUACAAGCAAAGAUCCAACCUAAAAAUGAAAUUCAUUUUGAGCUGACCGAACCUCCCAAUAUGGAUAAUUGCAAUUUGCUGUAUAAUUGGAACUGCAAUUCAUUGCAAGAAAAUGUAAACGAUCACGUAAUAAAAGUUGUAAAUGCCACUCCCUGUCAGCAGUACAGCUGCUCUGUUGACAUUCAACAAAAAUCUUCAACAUGGACCAAGACUGUAAACAAGAGUAUAAAACUUGAAUAUGAAAAACCGAAUAAACCGGAUAUUAACUACACUAAACGUUUAACUAUGAGCAUUGCCGUGGAUUGGAGUGUACAAGAGGAUGACCUAAAGCCAGUGACAUCUGUUGAAAUAACUUGCACAGCUAUUGACAAUUCACGCUUCAGUGUAACUCUACAGAAUGUCACAAAAGGAUCAGCAAUAUGCAAAGGACUGAACCCAUACACAAACUAUACUGUAAAUGUUACAGCCAUCAAUAAGAUGUGCAACAAUACAACUCAAUCAAAUUCACAUACUAGCGUGGUUAUGACUCGACCAAGUUAUCCAGGAGUUCCUGUGAUAAAAACUGUUAACUUUCUGGAAAAUAACAAGAUUGAACUUAUCUGUGUUGAAUUAAAGCAACAUGAAUAUCAUGGAAAAAGCAUGACAUAUUCGGCCACAGCUAAUGGACACAACAUUUCAAAAAGCCAGACGAAAAGCUGUAACUUUAUCUUCGAAAACUUGCAAUAUCUGACAACAUAUGAACUCAAGCUAUUUGCCAACAAUGGUGAUUAUACGACAGAGAGUCGUGCCUUUUCUGUCAAAACUAGAUAUAAUGACAAGGCUUUAAUUGGAUUCCUGGUCUUCCUGAUCAUUGCGACCUCAAUAGCUCUGACUUUUGUGCUGUACAAGAUAUACAUGUUGCAGAAGAAAUCUUCAAGAAAUUCUGAAGAAUUUGUGGAACUUAUUGAACACGAUGAUGAAAAGCAAAUACUCACUGUGGAACCCAUAGCCGCUGAUCAACUCAUUGACGAAUACAGGAGAAAGAAGGCUGAUGAAUCAAGAUUAUUUUUAGCAGAAUUCCAAAGCAUCCCUAGGGUUUUCAGCAAAUUUUCUGGCAAGGAGGCACGGCGAGGAUGUAAUACGAACAAGAAUCGCUAUGUUGACAUCCUGCCAUAUGAUCAUAACCGUGUUCAACUUUCUCCAGUGCCUGGAGAGCAAGGUUCAGAUUACAUCAACGCAAGUUUCAUUGAUGGCUUCAAUGAGUCCAAGAAGUACAUUGCUGCCCAAGGCCCAAAGGAUGAAACAUCUAAUGAUUUCUGGAAAAUGGUGUGGGAACAGAAAGCAACAAUUAUUGUCAUGGUGACUCGCUGUGAGGAAGGGAAGCGGCCCAAAUGUGCUCAGUAUUGGCCUGACAUGGAUGAUGAGACUAAGCCCUUCGGUGACCUCACUGUAAGAAUCAGCGAAGAGAAGUGGUGCCCGGACUACGUAAUUCGCAAGCUCUUCAUUUCCCAUAAAGAAAAAUCGCCCGAGCGGGAAGUAACACACAUUCAGUUCAUUAGUUGGCCAGACCAUGGUGUUCCAGAAGAUCCACACCUCCUUCUCAAACUGCGUCAGAGAGUGAAUGCAUUCAGAAACCUAUUUAGCGGUCCAAUAGUUGUGCACUGCAGUGCUGGGGUGGGUCGCACAGGAAGCUACAUUGGAAUUGAUGCCAUGAUGCAAGGCCUGGAGAUUGAAGGGCGAGUAGAUAUCUACGGUUAUGUAGUUCAACUUCGUCGGCAACGCUGCCUCAUGGUGCAGGUUGAGGCUCAGUACAUUCUUAUCCACCAGGCUUUGCUGGAGUACUACCUGUAUGGUGAAACUGAGGUCAGCCUGCCCGAACUACCCAAACACCUCAGUAACCUUAAAAAGAAUGACCCACCAACUGAGCCAUCCCUGUUGGAAGUUGAAUUCCAGAAGAUCCCACCUUAUACAGAUUGGAGAUCACAGAGCACUGGAAGACAGACAGAAAAUCAAAGUAAAAAUAGAUCCCUUUCAGUGAUCCCAUAUGAUUACAACAGAGUAACUAUCAGACUAGAAGAAGAGACAAGCAAAGAUAAUGACAGUCACAGUGACUCAGAUGCUUCCUCUGAUGAGAGUGAUGAUGAAGAAUCCACGAAGUAUAUUAAUGCUUCAUACAUAGAUGGAUAUUGGCAUUCUGAAACAUUAAUUGCCACUCAGACUCCACUACCUGAAACCAUUGGUGACUUUUGGACAAUGGUGUAUCAAAGAAAGGUGAAGAUCAUCACAAUGCUGGGCAAACUAGAAGAUGACAAGGAUUGCUCACAAUAUUGGGAAGAUGGGACAAAAACCUAUGAUGACAUUGAGGUGAAGUUAAGUGAAAGUAUUAAGGAAUCAGGAUAUACUCAUCGUGUCUUUGAAAUAAGACAUAUGAAGAGAAAAGAGACCCGGUCAGUGUACCAGUAUCAAUUUCACAGUUGGACUGAUUCUGAGCUUCCUGAAGAUCCCAAUAACUUUGUCGUCAUGAUUAAGAGCAUCAAAGAAAAACUAUCAAUGCUCAAAGAAGCUGAGCAUCUAGUACCACCUCUGAUUGUGCACUGCAGUGAUGGAUCCAAGCUGACAGGUUUAUUCUGUGCUCUCUGGAACCUCCUUGACAGUGCAGAUACUGAAAAUUUAAUAGACAUUCUCCAGACAGUCAAAGCACUGCGCAAACAACGACCAGGAAUACUUUUAAGCUUUAAUCAGUACCAGUUUCUCUAUGACAUAAUUGCCAGCACUUACCCAGUGCAAAAUGGGACAUUAUUACCUGACAAUGGUCCAGCACAGACAACUGUGGAGGUGAUCUCUGAAACCAAUCCAGAAAAUGGAUCCCAACAAAGUACAGCCUCUGACGCUACUAAGAAUAAAGAAGAGAUAUCUGCAGAAGAUGAUGAAGCAAAGUCUGGUGUUAGCAAUGACAAACAGCUAGUGGAAAAUCCUAUUAAUGGACCUGUAACAAAUAGUGAAAUUGAGUGAAGAAUUGUUGCUAUGCGUGAUGUGUAGAUAUCAACCAAUCACUAUUUGUAUUUGUAAGGGAAAAUCAGAAAUGUCACCAUUAAUUUUAUUUUUACAUGUACAAAGCUUGGUUUAUCACUGGAUGCUUUCCAAAAAAUGUUCGCCUGUAUGCAGAACUGUUCAAGAAUGACAAUCUACUUGAACGUAAGUAUGAAUGUAUCUCAAUGAAAGAAGUAAUUUGCUCAUGUAAACUUUGACUAAAAUGUUUCUGAUCCUUUCCGUUGCAUUUGUAAUGCCAAAUGAAGGCACAGAAACUUUUUUUUAAGGAAAAAAAAUCUCAGAACUUUUUAUAUAUAUAUAUUUUAUCAGGUGUGUGGAAAAGCUAAAUGCCAAAUCUGCUUCAGUAUGUUUUAUUUCAGCAGAGCUCAUUUUCAAAUGUAAAAAAGAUGCUGUAUUGUGAGUAUCAAGGAAUUUGCGGGUUUAUCAAGUAUUGCAAUUUCUGGCAUUUGUAAUGCAGCAAUUUUUCACUGUUCUUUGCAAAUUAUUUUUAUAGUUGGUUUUCAAGUCCAAAGCUGUGCAGUUGAUCUGCUUAAGAUAUCAGGGUAUAUUUAACUAUUUGAACUUAAAUUUGCAUUGGAACAAAAUAU